AUGGCAGAUUACAUCCUCAAUUCCACAAGCCUACCCCAGGCUAUCCAUCCCUUUUACCCACUCGAAGCAAACAUCGUGGGCUAUCUAGCUAACAGAUGGUCCGUACCGACUCUAUUGGGCAUAUUCGCAGGGGGGUGGGUUGUGAUACUGGGCAUCACCCUCGCUUUGGUCCGGAGCCACAACCCUAAUCUGCCUUCGCGGGACAAAGCGACCAUACUGUGGUUUGUUCUAACUGGGACCAUUCAUCUCUUCUUCGAGGGAUACUUUGCCUUCAACCACGCGAACAUGCCUGGCAAGCAGGAUCUAUUCGGACAAUUGUGGAAGGAGUACUCGUUCUCGGACUCGAGGUACUUGACUUCUGAGUCCUUUGUCUUAUGCAUGGAGACGGUUACGGCGGUCUGUUGGGGUCCCAUGUCCUUCGCUGUCGCAUUGCUCAUCACCUAUGAACAUCCUCUCCGUCACCCUCUACAAGCAUUAGUCUCGAUGGGCCAGAUCUAUGGAGAUAUUCUUUAUUACGCUACGAGCAUGUUUGAUCACUACGGUAAGGGCCUGACAUAUUGUCGGCCAGAAGCGUAUUACUUCUGGGGUUAUUAUUUCUUCAUGAACUUCAUCUGGAUUGUGAUACCAGGCAUCUUGCUCUACAGCAGUAUCUCUGAAAGCGCAGAGGCGUUCAAAGUGUUGGACCAGCAGACCAGAAAGGCACAGGGCAACGGCCACCUUAAGAAAUCGAACUGA